GGUCGCCGCUAGCGCUUAGCACUUCUUCCAGAGCAGCCAUUACGCACGGCUGUCGUCAUUACAUAAAAACGCUCGCGAUUGUGUCUGAGUUUCCUUAGUUCUUUAUAAAUUCCACUUAAAAAACGGAUUUUAAAAACAAAACCGAUUGGGACGAGACCACAGCCUGCAUACCUAUUGUGUCGCAGUCAUGAUUUUUAUAGUGCUUGUCUUGUUAUUUUGUGCUUCGCUCGCGUUAUGGAACAAGAUGAAACCUCGUCCUCCAUCGCCUCCUGUUCAUCCUGGAGCUUUACCUUUAAUAGGACAUGCUCAUCAAUUUUACGGAGAUCCUAAGCAUUUAUGGGAAUUUGUUACAAAACUUAGUCACUUUAGUUUAAAAAGCGGUGGUGUGUCUGAAAUCUGGAUGGGCCCUCAUAUUAUGUACAUGAUUACUGAUCCGGAUGACUUUAUGACCGUAUCUACCAAAUGCAUGGAUAAACCAUACUUCUACAAAUUUGCCACGGAAAUGUUCCAAAAUGGGCUGAUUACAGCUAGCUUAACAACAUGGAAAACGCAUCGCCGUUUAUUAAAUCCAUCGUUUAAUUUGCAAGUUUUGACAAGUUUUAUUCCCGAAUUUAAUACUCAGGCUCGGAACUUGGUUGUGUCAUUGCAAUCAGAAGUAGGAAAAGAAUCAUUCAAUGUUCAUCACUAUCUGAUUAAGCAGUUGUUAAAAACUGUUUGUCAAACUUCGUUGGGUUUAGCGACUGAAGACAAAUCGAUUGAUGUGGACUAUGCCAAUGCUACGGAGGAUCUCUUCGCGAUACUCGCAGAAAGAUUUACAAGAAUUUAUUUACAUUUAUCUUCCACAUACGCAUGGAGUAGUUUGAAAACCAAACAGGACCAACUACUCAAGAUUACAAGGGGGAUUAUGAAUAAGAUCAUCUACAGGCGAAAAGAGGAAUUGAAAAUGGGCAGUAAAACAGAAAACGGAACUUCUGCAAAAGUUGUUAAAUUCGAACCACUCCUCAAUCAACUCUUAGAACUAGCUGACACACAGGAUGCCUUCACGGACGAUGAGAUCAGGGAACAUGUGAAUACUAUAGUGGCCGCUGCUUAUGACACCACAGCUUCAUCAAUUACAUUUGCCCUGAUACUAUUAGGAACAUAUCCAGAAGUUCAGAACCGUGUUUAUAAAGAAAUCCAAACAGUCCUUGGAGAUGAAGAUUUGACCAAAGACAAUCUACCUAAGUUGGUGUAUUUAGAAGCCGUUGUGAAAGAAACUUUAAGGUUGUACCCAUCUAGCCCAUGUGUAGCAAGAAGGAUAGAUUCAGAUGUAAAAUUGAAAAACUAUACGCUGCGUUCUGGGACCACUUGCCUUUUAUCCAUUUAUGGAAUAGGUCGACAUUCGAUGUGGGGUGCUGAUGCAGACCAGUUCAAACCCGAGCGAUGGUUGGAUCCGUCUGCUUUGCCAAGCAACCCGAAUGCGUUUUGUAAUUUUGGUAUCGGGAAACGUGAUUGUAUAGGUCGUGUUUACGCAAUGCUGGCGAUAAAGACGAUGUUGGUGCAUGUCCUCCGCAAGUAUAUCGUUUUCGGUGAUGUGAACAGCAUCAAGGCACAAUUAACCAUUUCAUUCAAACCAGCUACUACUUCACAAUUACGUUUGGAAUUAAGAUCAUGAUUGUAAAAUACACGUUUAAUGAAUACAAUUAAAUACAAGCCUUUUUUUA